CAUAGUUAACAACAGCACCUUCCACUUUAUUCAGACAUCCUUCUGCCACUCUGUUCCCAUUGUGAGCUGGUGUCUCAAACCCAUCAUGCCAAGGUUCCAACUCCCAAAACUCGUUUUGCCAAAUCCUGGUCUGGAAGAUAGAAUUCCGACCUAUGAGGAACUCGAGAGGAGAGAAAUAGAAGAGGUGGACGAUCGACCCAAAUGGGACAACAAAGCUCAGUAUUUGUUAACAUGUGUUGGUUUUUGCGUGGGAUUAGGAAAUGUGUGGCGAUUCCCCUAUCUUUGUCAAAGCCACGGAGGAGGUGCAUUCAUGAUUCCAUUCCUCAUCCUCUUGGUGCUCGAGGGUAUCCCACUGUUGCAUCUGGAGUUUGCAAUGGGACAGCGAUUGCGGAAAGGCAGUGUUGGGGUCUGGAGUUCUGUCCAUCCUUACCUUAAAGGAGUGGGUAUAGCAUCAAUGUUGGUUUCAUUCCUGGUGGGUUUAUAUUACAACAGCAUAAUUGCGUUGGUUAUGUGGUACAUCUUUAAUUCAUUUCAAGAGCCACUACCUUGGAGCCAUUGCCCAAUGGCAGAGAACGGUACAGGAUUUGUGGAUGAAUGUGCCAGGAGCUCUUCAGUAGAUUAUUUUUGGUACAGAGAAUCAUUAAACAUUUCAACCAGCAUUGAUGAUUCAGGCACAAUCCAAUGGUGGCUACUACUCAGUCUUAUCUGUGCUUGGUCUGUCCUAUAUGUAUGCACAAUCAGAGGUAUUGAAACAACUGGCAAGGCUGUAUAUAUUACUUCUACUAUGCCUUAUCUGAUACUUACAAUCUUCUUGAUACGGGGCCUGACAUUAAAAGGAUCUGUUGAUGGAAUAAAAUUUCUCUUUACACCAGAUGUGAACGAGUUGUCAAAUCCAACCACCUGGUUGGAUGCUGGAGCCCAAGUAUUUUAUUCUUUCUCCUUGGCUUUCGGUGGACUUAUAUCCUUCUCCAGUUAUAAUUCUGUUCACAACAACUGUGAGCAAGAUGCUGUGCUUAUCUCCAUGAUCAACGGUUUCACAUCAGUAUAUGCAGCCACAGUAAUAUAUUCCAUUAUUGGCUUCCGAGCAACAGAGCAAUUUGAUGCCUGUUUUGAUAAAAACGUCAUGAGUUUGACCAAUGCUUUUGAUCUACCAGAGCAAAAUUUGACCCAUGCAAACUAUGAAGAAAUGCUUCACUACUUAAACAGCACUAAUCCAGCAAAGGUCGCCUCUUUGGGCUUGAAAACCUGUGACCUGCAGGCAUUGCUGAGCCAGGGGGUCGAAGGCACCGGAUUGGCCUUUAUCGUCUUUACGGAAGCAAUUACUAAAAUGCCUGCCUCUUUUAUAUGGUCCAUUGCAUUCUUUCUGAUGUUAUUCUGUCUCGGACUUUCUUCAAUGUUUGGGAAUAUAGAAGGUGUCUUGGUUCCACUGGAAGAUUUAAAAAUCUUGCCAAAAAAGUGGCCCAAGGAACUAGUAACUGGCCUGAUUUGUCUGGUGUGCUUUCUAAUCGCCUUCAUCUUUAUCUUAAACUCUGGCAAUUAUUGGCUGGCUUUGUUUGAUGGCUAUGCUGGCUCCAUCCCUCUGCUAGUUAUCGCAUUCUGCGAAAUGGUGGGUGUUGUCUACAUUUACGGCAUUGACAGGUUCAACAAUGAUAUUGAAUGGAUGAUUGGCCACAAGCCAAAUAUCUUCUGGCAAGCCACCUGGAGAUUUAUAAGCCCCCUCAUAAUGCUGGUUAUAUUCAUAUUUUAUUUUGUAAUAAAAGUGACCAGCAAGCUGACAUACAUUGUUUGGGAUCCAGAAUAUGAAAAUUUCCCCCAGCUUUCUGUGGAGCAUUAUCCUGGUUGGGUGACUGUGAUCAUUGUAAUUCUGGCUGGAGUGCCUGCCUUAUGCAUACCUGGUGCAGCUAUCUACAUGUUCAUCAAAAACAAGUACGGGAAGAAGGAUGACAAGAAAACCUUGGUCUAUACAAUACCCGAAACCCUCGAGAAAGGAAUAGUGAAUAAUGGAAUGUAACCGAACUCUGCAGGCCACCGUGGCAAUUUGCACCGCUCACUUUGGGCCAACUUGCAAUUCAAACAAACAAGGAACGCGACGAUGCUGGAAAUGUCUAAAUUUGAUCUUAUUUUUUAUUCUGAUAAAUAUUGGUUUGUUGUUUAUAUAUGGCAAACGUUUGGUGAUGAUGGAGUGGUUAGAUUACUUCAGACUAUCAACUCUGAAGCUAGACUACUGCACCUAUCCUGAGUUCCAAGUUGAAAUCCCACCACAUCAGUGAUGAAAUUUCAAUUUGCUUUAUAAUCUGGAACUAUGAAUUGUUAGUAGUGAUGAUCACUAACCAAUCAGACUGUCAUAAAAACUUACAAUCCUUGCUUCACAACUAUUCUUUAAGAAGGAAAUCUUCCAGUUCUUACCAGGAUUUACAAAUACAGCAAGUCUGCAUUAACCAAUGUAUGACUGACUUAUGAUUGAAGUGGCCAACAUCCAAAUCAAAUACAUUCUAGGAUGGCAAUGUAUAGAAGUCUGAAAAAAUGAAUAAAUAAUAAAAAAGGCACAGUGCUUACACAUAAUUAAAAUAAUCUUCAUUGUUCAUGCAUAGCUUAAAGGGGAAUUAUGUCAGGUUGAAGUUAAGUAUGCCAAAGGGUUUUGUUAUGCCAUUACAGUGGCAUAGUUGUUGGCGUAACACUAUUACAGCACCCAGCAACUCAGGUUCAGUUCCCACUGCUCUCGGUAAGGAGUUUGUGACUACAUGGGUCUCCUCUGGGUGUUCUAUUUUCCUCCCACAUUCCAAAGAUACACUGCUUAGGAGAUUAAUUGGUCAGAUGGGUGUAAUUGGUCCGUGUAGGCUCGUUGGGCUGGAAGGACCUCUUACCGUGCUGUAUCUCUAAAUGAAAUAAAAUAACUAAAUAUUGUAGAGGUCUAUAUUGUCACUUAAAUACCUCUGGCAAUCAUCUUGUGCUUGAAUUAGCCAUUUUAUACCAUGUGUACUUAUUUGGGCUUUAACAUCUACUGGCCAUAGGCUCGGAUAACAAGUAAUAUAUUUAGCGUGAAUAAGUAAACAAUAUUUAACAUUUUUUCUGCUUUAAGGUCACCACAAAGAUCACUCCUGUCCUACAAUGACAAUUAGUAAAGGUAAAGGAGUUAUGAUUUUUGUAACUUUUCUGAUCCAUUACGUUCAGGGGAAAUAUCCUUCAACACUAGUAAAAACAAUUUAUGUUUAAUUUCCUGCUCCCUCAUUCUGCUAACUUGAUAUGAGGAGGUGAGCAAUUUAUUGGUGAUCAGCUAAUUCAAACGUCCAUGAUGAUAGACAGUUAGCUAAUGUAUAUUAUAGGUUAUCAGUAAAAGUGAUAUUACGUCACGAUAAGCAAACCUGCAAUGGAUGAUAAUAUUCAUCAUCUGUGGGAAGCGAAACAGAAUUAAAGUUUCAGGUCAAUGACCAUUCAUCGUUGAUAAUUUUGUGAGUUUAUGUCAGCUACCUUGAGCCAAAAGUGAUUUGCCAUCAAUUUAAUGAGAUAGAAUUAAGUAGCGAUAUAGUGCCUUAAUGUAAUAUGAAAUCCCAUAAUAUAAUUUAUACCAACUGUAGAGUAGCAACCUAAUUCUGAAAAUGCUGUAUUCUUCUCACACUCCAAAGAUAUUUUCAUCAUUGGACACUUAACUCUGUUUAUUUUUCAUAGAAACAGCAGAUACAGGGACAAAGUAUGAUAUUUUUGUAAUUCUGAUGUCAUAACCUUCUGUAAAUGAACACUGUAUAUGAAAAGACAAGUUUAAAGGCCAUCUUUUAAGGCAUAUGAAUUGCUUGUUUCAAUAUUUACCCUGAUCAAACCAGAUAAAAUCUCUUCAAAACUUUUCAGUCAUCCUCAAGAUAAUAAUAACUUACUUUGAUCUGCAAGCACAACAGUCAGUUUCAAAUGUGUACAAAUUGCUUUUAUGCUUGCUUGUUUGUGAGUAAUAAUGUUUUUGGUGAUCUUUAAAACAUGAAAGCAAAAGCAGAAAUAGUUUCAAAUUGUUCCUAGUCCACCAUUUCCAAGCUAAGUAACAUUUUCUGUAUGAAAACCGUAGAAAUUUUGCACAUAUACUGUAUAUCUUUCAUAUUUCACAAAAGUUGAGAAAAAUAUGGGACUGUGUACGUAAACUUUGCCAAAAAUAAAUCAUUUUUCUUUGGAAAACAAGUAAGCAAUCAAAG